AUGACCAUUGUCGUAGCCAUGCAACGAACUCCAGGAGCAGGCACUGAACCGACACAGAAUUUAGAGAUACCUGAAGGCCAGGCCUCUAAUGGCCAGGAUGAUUCUUCCAAAACGAACACCACCGGUGUUGAUAAUACCCAUACUGACACAACAAAAGUUGUAGAUCCGGCACCAGUAACUACUGGUAACGGUUCCUCAGCCUCCGGUGGCAGUAAGCCUGAUCCACCGCUGGCCGACAAUACUGCUAAGGAUGAUAAAGCCCAUGAUGGGCAUACUGCCGCAUCCUCUCCCACGACACAACCAUCUCAAGAGUCCCAGCCCCCCAAGGCACCAGUUACCUCCACUGAUCCUGAUCAACAUGGUCACACACAUGACACAGGUUCCUCUGGUGCAGCUGGUCCUACGGGUCCAGGUUCUACUGGUACUGGCUCCACGGGCACUACGAAUCCACGUUCCUCCGGUACUGGUUCUACUGGUCACCAACCCCCUAGUCCUGUUCCUUCCCCCGGACGCAACAAUGUACAAAGCACUGGUUCCAAUGGAACAAAUGCGAACAAGGACCCUGGUUUAGAUUUAGACUUUAAACCACAUGCAGAUGGUAUCGGGGGAGCAUAUGGACCAAACGCUGCGCCCAUUGAUCCACAUAGGACAGUUAUAAGUGAACAUCCACCUAAGGGUCCCGGAGGUCCCGAUGGCCCCGACCUAACCGCGGACGUCCUUACCGCCACUACUCCGAUCCUGUUGUUCGUCGCUUCCGUCAUCGUGGCCGUUCUUGGUUAUUCCCUUUGGAAGUACUUUGCCUACCUCGGACAAAGACGACGACGAACAUAUCGAACCGUUCGUGACGUGCCGUCACCGCCACUCGACGAAGAAAUAUUGGAUCAUCUACAACGCGGCGAGCCGCCACCCGAUUACGGGUACACGAUAAUUAGGGAUAGGCAACCUGCGUCAACAUCCGGUAGAGCACGCCCACCACGCGUGCAUACACGCACGAUCAUCGAGCUACAUCUAGAAGUGCUCAACGAAUGUGAAGCAACCGAGUGGGAAAACGUCAACGACGACUAUUUGCAGAUACUCGUGGAGGAGUUUGCACAGGAGUGUGCGCACGAUAUGAUACGGGACGCCAACAGCAAUAACAAUAUCUUGGGUCUUUUGACCUCAGACUAUGGUUCACCAUGGACCAAUGUUUCAGCCAACGCAGACCGACCGCGUCAUUACCACGCCCGUCAUCCCACCUGCGACGCCACCGUUCCAGCCACACAUACACCCACAAACGCCGUAGUCACGGACAUACCCACAUGUGACACCGUCACGCAUACCACCACGAGUGAGGAUCCUAAGCCCGAAAUCACAGACAUACCCACAUGUAAAGCAGUCACAGACACACCCACAUGUGAUCAUCCUCAGCCCGACAUCACAGACAGCCCCACAUGCGACACAGUCACGCACAUACCCACAUGUGAGGAUCCUAAGCCCGAAAUCACACAACCACCAGGCUCCGGUAACGCAGUCACAGACAGAACCACAUGUGACACAGUCACGGACAUACCCACAUGUUACACAGUCACGCACAUACCCACACGUGAUGAUCCUAAGCCCGACAUCACACACCAGUUAGUCACAGACGACACAGUCACAGACACACCCCCACAUGAACCUCCAAAGCCCGCAAUCAUACAUCCACACACCAACGCCCCAGUCACAGACACACACACAUGUGAUCAUCCUCAGCCCGAAAUCACAGACAUAACCACAUCCCACACUACCACGUGGCUGCGUUGGAUUGACCGCAACAAGCACCUAUUCCAGGCGUGCACGGGGCAAACAUGGUUCAAUGAAAUCAAAUCGGAAUGGAAACAAUACCUGCGUGAGCACAUGGCGCCAGACGCGGACAACGGACAACGUGCAUUCGGUGAGCACAGAAGUACUGCAUGUGUGGAAAUGAAAAAAGAUGCCUGGACAAAGUGGGUCGCGAAGCAACAUAACGACAUGGCAAAGUACAUCGAAAAAGAUUGGUUUAGGCAUUUGUUGAAUAAUGCACAGGAGGAGACAGCAACGCCCACAGGCGAAGUAUCAGUAGUCGACAACGACUUAGAAGUGGAAAAAGUAAUGGCAGCAGAAGACAUGCCACAAGUGAGAGAUGUACCGCGGUCGCAACUGCAUCCGCAACCUUACAUGAAAAAACCGUUAACUGCCACAUUGUGGAUGCUCCUUCUCGCGUCCGUAAUCGAAGAGAGCGAGCUCGAAUGUCGUUUGCAGGAUAGGGAGUUAUAUGUAGAUGCUCUAUUGGAGCAACUGUGCCAUUAG